AUGGAGAAGGAGAAGGAGAAUCCCCCGCCGGAGAAAUCCAGCAGCUUCAAUUCGGCCACCAAGACCGUCGACGUCAAUGGCCCCCCUCCCCCCGAUUCAGAUCCCCCCGCCGUCGAUCCAAAACCGGACGCAACUGAAAAUGAUCAGGGUCGAGUUGAGGGGGAUACUGAGCCUCCUCCCGAACCGGAACUCACCUUCCCCCAAGCCUCCGAAGAGAUCGAUGCUUUUCUUGCCAAUCUCGCCGCCGCUGAUGACAAGUCCAGCCCGAUGGAAGUUCCAGGCUGCGUCGAGAAAUUCUGCAGCAUGGUGGAUUCGAUGAUCGCCAAGUACGAUUCCGGCGACUCGCCGGCGAAGUUGGGCCAGGUCGCGGAGGAGGACUCGUCGCUGCUUGAAGCCUUGAGUCGCCUCUCCAAGCUGACCGAGGCGCUUAGGGACGUGCCGUCCGCGGAAGCGGCGGCGUCAUCGGUUAAUCGGGCGAGCAGUGUGGUGCAGCGAGCAAUGGCGUACUUCGAAGAGGAGUUCCGCGCGCUUCUGGAAGAUUCUAGAGAGACUAGAGACACCAAAAGCUCAUCUCAUUCCGAUCCGAAGACUACGAAGACAUCGAAGCAAUCGUCCUUCAAUAGAAAUCAGGAUUCUGAUCGCUGCGUCCUGCCGGAGCCGGAAACACCCGGGAGGGAAGAGGAGUUCCCGGUGUACUCUACGGAAGUUGUCUCCAGCUUGAACAGAAUUGCGACCGCGAUGGUCUCGGCGGGAUAUGAGACGGAGUGCUGCCAGGUAUACAGCGUUGCGCGGCGCAACGCGUUCAGAGACGCAUUGAACAAGCUAGGGCUCGAACGGAUCAGCAUCGACGACGUCCAGAAGAUGCCGUGGGAUUCGGUGGAGGGAGAGAUCGCGACCUGGAUAAAGGUCGUCAAGCAGUGCGCCGGCGUCCUGUUUUCCGGAGAGAAAAAAUUCUGCGAAACAGUGUUCUCCGACGUCGACGCCUCGAUCUCCCAGUCACUCUUCGGCAACCUCGCGCGCGCCGUCGUCGUUCACCUCCUCAACUUCGCCGAGGCCGUAUCCCUCACGAAGCGAUCCGCGGAGAAGCUCUUCAAAUUCCUCGACAUGUACGAAGCCCUCCGCGACGUCGUCCCCGCCAUUGCCUGCGAUUCCGAUUUCUCCGACGACUGCGCUCACGAGCUCAAGUCCGAGACCACCGCCGCCGGUUUUCGCCUUGGUGAGGCCUCCGUCGGGAUCUUCUGCGACCUCGAGAACUCCAUCAGAAGCGACACCGGAAAAACUCCGGUCGCGAGCGGCGCAGUACACCCCCUCACGCGCUACACCAUGAACUACCUAAAGUACGCCUGCGAGUACAAAGACACGCUAGAACAGAUCUUCCUCCAGCACCAGCGGGUCGACGGAUCGGACGAGUCGGAAUCGGAAACUGAGCCAGCGGCCGGGAAACCGAACCAGUCCGAUCAACAACGCCAACAUCACCCGCCGAAACCGUCGAAACCGUCGCCGUUUUCGGUGCAGUUGAUUGCGGUGAUGGACCUUCUAGAUUCGAAUUUGGAAUCUAAAUCGAAACUGUAUAAAGAUCCGGCGUUGCGGAAUAUAUUCCUGAUGAACAACGGGAGGUACAUACUGCAGAAGAUCAAAGGGUCAGGAGAGAUCCACGAGGUGAUGGGGGACACAUGGUGCCGGAAGCGGUCGUCUGAUUUGAGGCAGUACCACAAGAACUAUCAAAGGGAGACGUGGGGGAGGGUGCUGGGGUGUCUGAGGGACGAGGGAUUGCACGGGCCGAACGGGAAAUUCAUAAAGCCAGCGUUGAAAGAGAGGUUCAAGAGCUUCAACGCGAUAUUCGAGGAGAUACACCGGACGCAGAGCACGUGGGUGGUGAGCGACGAGCAGCUGCAGUCGGAGCUGAGGGUGUCGAUAUCGGCGGUGGUGAUUCCGGCGUACAGGUCGUUCCUGGGGAGGUUUCAGCAGCAGCUGGAUCCGGGGAGGCAGACGGAGAAGUACAUAAAGUUGCAGCCGGAGGAUAUAGAGACGGCGAUCGAGGAGCUGUUUGAUGGAAAUCCGACGUCCAUGGGGAGGAGGAGGGCGUAGAUUGAUUUUGUUUGGAGCGAUUAAAUUAAAUUAGAGGUGCUGUUUGGGUGGUGAGAUGAGAUGUGAUUAAUUGUGUGUUUUGAUUUUAAUUUUUAAUUGGUUUUUUUUUUUUUUUUUUUUGGGUUUUUGUACGUAAAUUUGUGGGAAUUUUAUUAUCAGUCUCCCAAUGUCAACUGUAUUAUCUGAGUGAUCAUACAAUAUAUGACAACAAAUUUUGUUGUA